AUGGAUCAGGCGGCGGCGCAGCCCAGGAAAUGUCCUGGUGUAGACUGCCCGAAUGAUGCCAGCACAUUGCAAUGUCCAAAAUGUAAAGAGCAAAAUAUACCGAGUUUCUUCUGCUCACAAGACUGCUUCAAGCGGAGUUGGAGCGAACAUAAAGCAGUCCACAAAAGUAAGAAUCCUCUGCGCAACCUCCUCGCCCCAAAAGUCGUUUCUGACCCCGACCCAGAAACCGGCCACUACAACCCAUUCCCCAGCUACGACUACACGGGUCCUCUGAGGCCUGUAUACCCACUAUCAAAGAAACGAGAGAUUCCGAAGUCGAUACCACAUCCCGAAUGGUCAGAAAGCGGCAUGCCCAACUACCCUUACACGAGAAGAAACAAAAUCACCAUACUGGACGACAAAGGCAUAGAAGCCAUGCGGGUAGUCUGCAGAUUGUCCCGCGAAGUCCUGGACGAGGCAGCGGCAGCGAUCCGACCAGGCAUCACAACAGACGAACUCGACGCCAUCGUCCACGAAGCCUGCAUCAAGCGAAACGCAUACCCCUCCCCACUAAACUACAACCACUUCCCCAAAUCCCACUGCAGCUCCGUUAACGAAGUCAUCUGCCACGGCAUCCCCGACCACAGGCCCCUCGAAGACGGCGACAUUGUCAACCUCGACAUCUCCCUCUUCCACAACGGCUACCACGGCGACCUCAACGAGACAUACUACGUCGGCAACAAAUCGAAAGCCAACCCCGACAACGUCCGUCUGAUCGAAACGACCCGCCAAUGUCUCGAAAAGGCCAUCGCCCACGUCAAGCCCGGUGUGGCGAUCAAGGAGUUUGGCGACAUCAUUGAGAAGCACGCCAAGUCGCAGAAUCUCGGGGUCAUCAGAACCUACGUCGGCCACGGAAUCAACACACAAUUCCACUGUGCGCCGAACGUGCCGCAUUAUGCGAAGAAUAAGGGUGUGGGAAAGUGUGCGCCGGGUAUGACGUUUACGAUUGAGCCGAUGGUCAGUAUUGGGAGUUAUCGGGAUGUGACGUGGCCGGAUAAUUGGACGUCUGUGACUGUAGAUGGGAAGCGGUCGGCGCAAUUUGAGCAUACGCUGCUGGUGACUGAGACGGGUGUCGAGGUCCUGACGGCGCGGUUCGAGAACUCGCCUGGUGGGCCGGUCGAGAUGCCGGCCAAGGAGACGGUCACGAACGGGGACCACAAGUCGUGA